AAAUCCGAUCCUCAUAAGUCAUAACCAAUAUAUUUUAAUCAAAACCCAAAGUAAUAUAAUAUAUUAUAUAUAUGGGGAGGGAGGGAACAACAAGCGAAGACGACGGAGGAUCCAAUUACUAUUCAAAUCAAUCAAUGGCCUCUUUUCUUCCAUUCUCAUCCUCCUCGCUUUCACUUGUCUAAUCUAUACCUUUCCUUUUUGCCCAAAUCCAAAAAUUAACCCGUAGAAGUCAAAUUCUCUUCCUUUUUUACCAAAUCUAUCUACCCUUUGUCUCCUCCCCAACCUUCGCAUUAGAUUCUUACCUUUCCCACCCUCCCUGUUAUCUCUUUUUCGCAUCAAGCUUGUUUCCCUCCAGUUUAUUUCCUGCCUUGCGCGCGCGGAUCCUCUGCCGAAUCAAGAGUCUCAGUUUUUGCAGUGUAUCAACCUGUGAACCCAAGGGCGAUAAAUUUCGUGAGCACUCAUUAAGAUGGAUCGGGCAAUAAAUCAUUGCUCAUAAUUCAAGGAUAUGGACCAGAGGUUACCUGUUGCAGGAACUCGAUCAGGACUCGAAAUUUUAAUCGUGACAGAUGGGAACACUAAUUAGAAAUGGCUCUGCUCAUUUUGAGGAUAAGAACGUUUAUGCUUCAAACGUGAUGCCUCAAAAGAUUCGCCCCACAGCUGAGGGGUUGUCAUCUAGGAGCAGUAUGACAUGGCAGAGUAGUGUAUAUAGGAGCAUAAAGAUUGUAAUUUUCUCAACCAAACUGAACUUGCUAAUGCCUUUUGGGCCACUUGCAAUCCUAGUGCACGCAUUCAGCGGCCAUAACGGAUGGGUCUUCUUUCUGUGUUUGUUAGGCAUUACACCUUUGGCUGAGCGCUUAGGCUAUGCGACAGAGCAGCUGGCUUUCUACACCGGACCUACAAUUGGUGGCCUUCUAAAUGCCACGUUUGGAAAUGCAACUGAACUCAUCAUUGGCAUAUAUGCCUUGAGAAAUGGAAUGACUAGGGUUGUGCAGCUUUCUUUGUUGGGUUCGAUUUUGUCCAACAUGUUAUUAGUGCUUGGAUGUGCAUUCUUUGCUGGCGGACUUGUUUUCUAUAGAAAGGAACAAGUGUUUGACAAGGCAAGUGCUACAGUGAAUUCAGGAUUGCUAUUGAUGGCAGUGAUGGGUCUUCUUUUUCCAGCUGUCCUACAUUUUACACAUACAGAAGUGCAUUAUGGAAAAUCAGAGCUUGCUCUUUCAAGAUUCAGCAGUUGCAUUAUGCUUGUAGUCUAUGCUGCCUAUCUCUUUUUCCAGUUGAAUACUCGGAAGGAUUCCUACGUUCCUCUUACCGAGGGCGUGGAUCCGCCUGAAGAUGACGAUGAAGUCCCGGAGAUCACUAAAUUUGAAACGAUAGUUUGGCUUUCGAUAAUGACUGCUUGGAUUUCCAUCUUAUCAGAAUAUUUAGUUGAUGCAAUAGAGGGAGCAUCGCUUGCAUGGAAUAUCCCUAUUGCCUUUAUUGGAGUAAUCUUGCUCCCAAUUGUCGGGAAUGCAGCGGAGCACGCUAGUGCUAUUAUGUUUGCCAUGAAAGAUAAGCUCGAUAUAUCCUUGGGUGUGGCAAUCGGUUCGUCCACUCAGAUAUCUAUGUUUGGGAUUCCAUUUUGUGUGGUUGUUGGAUGGAUCAUGGGAGAACCCAUGGACUUAAACUUCCAACUUUUCGAGACAGCAACUCUUUUCAUCACUGUUAUCGUUGUGGCCUUCUUCCUCCAGGAAGGGACUUCUAACUACUUCAAAGGACUGAUGUUGAUUCUUUGCUACAUGAUUGUUGCUGCAAGUUUCUUUGUGCACGAAGAUCCUUCUUCCGAGAGUCAGUCCUUGUCUCUAUAGUCUUGUUGAUCUCUCCUUACGUAACCUUGUAUUAGGCUUGAUUUGUUCCUGGUUCAUCAUGCCAUUUUUACAGAAGGAGGGCCAAAGACAUAAGUUACUGUUGGUGCAUGACCAAGAAAGCUCACCAAUCAGGCCUUGCUCGUGAUGGUGUGUACAUAGUUAAAGCCCUUUCACUUGGGAACAUGAUAUAUAUUCUUCCGUCUUAGUUGUUUUCCUGUUAAACACGGUACUUGUUCUAGCUGAUGUCUUGGUAGGCGGGUUAUGGAGAGGAGUUUUAAGGAUGACAUAUCAUUAAUCAAAAAUGGGAACUCUAACUGGCUUCUGUAAUGUCUGCUUGGUGAAGAUACUAUGGUUAUAGCUCAUCUAUCUUGGUGUGGUUUGUUUGGGU